UUUCCCCCAUCCGAGGGGACUUCUUAAUCCGUUGCGCGAAAGCGCUCUGAGGCACGCUCCCUGACCCGAAACAUGCCGCGUAAACCGUCGUCCCGAAUCGGCAUAGUUUGCAAAAACCACGACGUGGUGCGAGUUGUGUUUGGUGAAGACUUGAGGCGUCUCUGCGCUCCUUUCCUUCUCUGUGAGAUAAGACAGCAUGAAAAGGACUCAGUCGGCAGAAUGGAAUUUGAAGAUCUUGUGAAAGAGUUAGAGGAUGAAAAACUUGAGCAUUCUAAAACUAAAGCUUCACUCUCAAAGGAGUCUGAAAAGCUGCAAUUUGCACUCGGCGAAAUAGAGGUUCUAAUGAAGCAACUGGAAAGGGAAAAGAAGGCGUUCGAACAAGCCUUGGAAAGCAUUAAAAACAAGGCAUUGAAGGAGUCCACGAAAAACGACAAGUUAAUAACUAAAUGCAGUGCAAUCGAAAAUCAGAUGGAAAAACAAGAGGAUAUAUUGACUACCAAAGAUAAUCAGAUUAAAGACCUUUGUCACCUACUUUCGAAACAGAAAGAAGCUUUGAGGAAACAAACGAAUGAGUUUGAAAUCCAGAAGCAGCAAGAUGCCUACAUAGCACGGGUGUUGGAAACCAAAACCAAAACAAAGAAAAUGUCCAUCAAAUCCCUCAGUGCUUCGAAGAAACAAUAGUAACAUUAGAAACAUUGAUCGAACCAGCAAAACACUUUGAAAACAAAACUAGAUGUGGCAUACAGAACUAUACCCCUCAGCAAGUAUUUGUCUUCACCUUGAGCUUUAAGACGUGCAGCGAUUAGCUGGGAGUUGAGCAACUGAACUCACGUUGCAGAGAUUUGGGGGCUGUCAUAAUAUUUUUACAGACUUGGUCAGAAGACAUUAAGAAGUACUGCCAGGAUCAUAUACCCGUGGUGGAGAUUGGAUGGAUUCCAGGCAUUUCUACCUUUUGAGUGGCUGUUUUAAGCUGGAAUAGACACUUUGGUCUCAUGUGGAGUCAGUUCGAAGUCUGUGACACUUCCCAUAACUGUCCACAUUCAUUCAUUAUCCAGAAACAAACCUACUUUAGAUACCGGAAUCUUCUGAAUACUUUAUGUAGCUGUCUGACCUGCCCGGGCAGUAUAGAUCAAACCACAGUGCUCCUUUUAGGGCUACUGCAUAUUUUAGCAGUUUCCGUCCAUUCAAUAACGGUUUAAAUUCACCUUGAAGACCAGCGAGGCCUCUUGUUCUGCAUUAAUGAGCAAACCAUUGUGACUGAAGACACAAAUUAAUUUCUAAUAUUUUCCAACCAGCUUACUAUUUUGUAAAAGUUAUCAAGUGUAGCCUAACCAUCUUUGAAUGAUUUUUUUAAAGAUAUUUAUGCGAACAUUUUUUACAUUAAAAAAAAGAUUGGUUCCAGAUCUUAUACAUUUAUCCUCUGUUGCUUUGGAGAUGGAGAUGCAUAACUGGGAUAACUUACGAUGUGCAUACAAGAGCAACACCACCACCAACAACUUG